AUGAUGACCUGGUCUGUUGGGGACCAACUUGUGCACACCAUUCAAACGAAACAACUGUACAAUACAUUAUAUUUGAUCAACAUGGGAAACAAGGUAUCAAGUCUUUUGGAUAAAUACGAUCGAAGAUAUGGAGAGCUGGAUCCAAAGCAGGACGAGAGAUUCACAAAGAUAUUCAUAAUAUGUGCGAUUGGCAUUGGCUUGGUGUUUGGAGGACUGUUUGCAGUAUUAUUGGUACUGUUAAAGAAGUUUGUCUAUCCAGAGUUGGCUUGA